AUAUGUAGAUAUUUUUUUAAAUGAAUAAGCGGGGACAAAAAUUAAAGAGCAGUGUGUUUGAAGGACAAUCCGUGCAAAAUAAAAUUUGUUUAUUGGCACUCGCCGGUAAGGAAACCGGAAGUGGAAGCCCUAAAGCUCAAGGGAAUUGAGGGCACCGAAAACAAACCACCUCCUCCGGCUGCCGGCCACAAAAUACUAUUCUCUCGAAUUACCGUUGCUCCAUUUCAGUUAAGUACAUUCGAAUAUGGGACAGCCGACUCCGUCAUCAGCAAGCAGUUGUAACAAUAACAAUAGCGGUUGUCAAGUACGAUGUGCUGGUUGCAAGAUGAUAUUAACAGUCGCUUUUGGACUAACUGAGUUUGUUUGCCCUACCUGUCAAUUGCCCCAAAUGCUGCCUCCUGAACUCAUGCCUCAACAACAACGGACCAGUGCCUUAGCUCAUGGCAUUGAUCCAUCUAAGAUCCAAUUGCCUUGUGCUCACUGUAAGGCUAUACUUAAUGUCCCUCAUGGUCUUUCCAGGUUUUCCUGCCCUCAAUGUGGGAUCGACCUUGCUGUUGAUACCUCCAAGAUCAGGCAAUUUCUUCCUCAAUCAUCCAAUCCUGCUGCUGUCCGCCCCCCUGCUCCGCCUCUGCCUCCGCCUCAGGAAGAAGUCAACGAGGUGGCCAUUGAAGUAGAACGUGAAGAAGAUGAGGGUGGCAUGGCUGGAGAAACUUUUAUGGACUAUCGGCCUCCCAAGCUAUCUAUUGGACCUCCACAUCCUGAUCCUAUAGUGGAGACAUCUUCCUUAUCUGCAGUACAACCACCUGAACCCACCUAUGAUCUUACAAUCAAAGAGGACUUGGAAAGCUCAAAAGCAUUGUCGUGCCUACAAAUUGAGACAUUGGUUUAUGCUUGUCAGAGACACCUUCAGUUCCUUCCAAAUGGUACCAGAGCAGGAUUUUUUGUAGGUGAUGGUGCUGGCGUGGGGAAAGGACGAACAAUUGCUGGAUUAAUAUGGGAGAAUUGGCACCAUGGUAGAAGGAAAGCAUUGUGGAUCUCUGUUGGUUCGGAUUUGAAAUUUGAUGCAAGAAGAGACAUGGAUGAUGUGGGCGCUAUGUGUGUAGAAGUGCAUGCUUUGAACAAGCUACCUUAUUCUAAGCUUGACUCGAAGUCUGUUGGCAUCAGGGGGGGAGUUGUUUUUUCAACAUACAGCAGUCUGAUAGCAUCUUCGGAGAAAGGUCGGUCCCGUUUGCAGCAGCUUGUACAGUGGUGUGGGCCAGAAUUUGACGGUCUUGUCAUAUUUGAUGAGUGUCACAAGGCAAAAAAUUUGGUCCCUGAAGCUGGGGGACAGCCAACACGAACUGGUGAAGCUGUACUUGAAAUCCAGGCUCGUCUUCCUCAAGCUCGUGUUGUUUAUUGCUCAGCAACUGGUGCUUCUGAGCCUCGCAAUAUGGCCUACAUGGUUCGCCUUGGGCUUUGGGGAGCUGGAACUUCUUUUCUUAAUUUCCGUGACUUCUUAGGUGCUAUGGAGAAAGGUGGCGUGGGGGCACUUGAACUUGUUGCCAUGGACAUGAAAGCAAGGGGUAUGUAUGUGUGUCGUACGCUUAGCUACAAAGGUGCAGAGUUUGAAGUUGUUGAAGUACCUUUAGAAGCCAAGAUGCAGGACAUGUAUAAAAAGGCAGCUGAAUUCUGGGCAGAGCUUAGAGUGGAAUUGCUGUCAGCUGGUGCAUUUCUCAGUGAUGAUAAGCCCUCUUCUAAUCAGCUCUGGAGACUUUACUGGGCUAAUCAUCAGCGCUUCUUUAGACACAUGUGUAUGUCCGCUAAGGUGCCUGCAGUAGUUAGAAUUGCAAAGGAUGCAUUGACAGAAGGUAAAUGCGUGGUCGUAGGCCUUCAAAGCACUGGAGAAGCAAGAACUGAGGAAGCCAUUUCAAAAUAUGGUCUUGAACUUGAUGAUUUUGUUUCUGGACCUCGUGAGUUGUUACUUAAAUUUGUAGAAGAUAAUUAUCCAUUGCCUGAAAAACCUGAACCACUUCCUGAGGAAAGUGUCAAAGAGCUUCAGCGAAAGAGACACUCUGCAACACCUGGUGUAUCAUUUACAGGGAGAGUGAGAAAAGUUGCUAAAUGGCAAACGGGUGAUCAGAGGAGUGAUGAAGAAUCAGAUAGAUGCACUGCUAGUGAAGGUUCCACAUACAUAAUAAUUUCUUCCCUCUUUAUCACUGAUUCCGAAUAUGCAUCUACCGAGUCUGAUGACGAUGAAUUUCAGAUCUGUGAUAUUUGUAAUUCGGAGGAGGAGAGGAAAAAAUUGCUCCAGUGUUCCUGUUGUAGCCAACUUGUACAUCCGGCAUGUUUAGUUCCACCUGUUGCAGAGUCAGUUCCUGCGGAUUGGAGUUGCCAUUCUUGCAAGGAAAAGACAGAUGAAUAUAUACAAGCAAGACAUGCCUAUGUUGCUGAACUAUCAAAAAGGUAUGAAGGAGCUGUCGAGAGAAGGUCCAAAAUUUUGGAUAUAAUUCGUUCUUUGGAUCUUCCAAACAAUCCGUUGGAUGAUAUUAUCGAUCAGCUUGGGGGCCCAGACAAAGUGGCAGAAAUAACAGGGAGAAAAGGCAUGCUUGUGAGGGCCGCUAGUGGAAAAGGUGUCACCUAUCAGGCGCGAAAUACGAAGGAUGUAGCCAUGGAAAUGGUCAAUAUACAUGAAAAGCAGCUUUUUAUGGAAGGGAAGAAGCUGGUAGCUAUAAUAUCUGAAGCUGGAUCGGCUGGUGUUUCUUUGCAAGCUGAUAGAAGGGCUUUAAACCAGAGAAGAAGGGUUCAUUUGACUCUGGAAUUACCUUGGAGUGCUGAUCGGGCAAUUCAGCAGUUUGGAAGAACUCAUCGCUCAAAUCAAGCUUCUGCACCCGAGUAUAAGCUACUAUUUACUAAUCUUGGUGGUGAACGGCGGUUUGCAUCCGUUGUUGCCAAGAGACUUGAAUCACUUGGGGCACUGACCCAGGGAGAUCGUCGAGCUGGACCAUCUCUUAGUGCUUAUAACUAUGACAGUUCCUAUGGGAAGAGGGCCCUUAUGAUGUUAUAUAGAGGGAUCAUGGAGCAGGAUCCCUUGCCACUUCUACCAGCAGGUUGUUCUGCUGAUAUUCCAGAUGCUAUACAGGAUUUUAUUUUGAAGGGGAAAGCUGCACUUGUUUCUGUCGGAAUAAUAAGAGACUCUGUUCUUGGUAAGGACUCUGGAAAGCUUUCUGGCCGUAUAGUUGAUUCAGACAUGCAUGAUGUUGGGCGUUUCCUUAACAGGCUCUUGGGGUUGCCACCUGAAAUCCAAAAUAGGCUAUUUGAGCUAUUUGUCAGCAUACUUGAUCUUUUAGUUCAGGAUGCACGCCUUGAAGGACAUUUAGACUCUGGAAUUGUUGACAUGAAAGCUACCACUGUUGAACUACAGGGGACGCCAAAGACUGUUCAUGUUGACAACUUGUCUGGGGCUUCAACCAUAUUGUUUACUUUUACAUUGGAUCGUGGACUGAUGUGGGAGUGUGCAUAUGCAUUGCUUGAAGAGAAGCAAAAGGACGAGUCUAGUUCAACUAAUAGUGGAUUCUAUGAAUCCAAACGAGAAUGGUUGGGAAGGCGACAUUUUGUAUUAGCAUUUGAAGGUUCUGCUUCAGGAAUGUACAAGGUAUUUCGUCCUACUGUUGGAGAGGCCCUUAGGGAGAUGCCCCUCGUAGAAUUGAAAGACAAGUACCGGAAACUAUCAUCCUUAGAAAAGGCUCGUCAUGGAUGGGAAGAUGAAUACAACGUUUCAUUGAAACAGUGCAUGCAUGGCCCAAAAUGUAAGCUAGGCAGUUUCUGCACAGUCGGUAGAAGAUUACAGGAAGUGAAUGUGUUAGGUGGGCUUAUACUUCCUGUGUGGGGAACUGUUGAGAAGGCGCUUUCUAAGCAAGCUCGCCUAAGCCAUCGAAGAAUCCGCAUUGUACGGAUUGUGACAACUACUGAGAAUCAACGAAUUGUGGGGUUGCUUAUCCCAAAUGCAGCAGUAGAAUCAGUGCUUCAAGAUUUGGCAUGGGUUCAAGAUGUUGACGAAUGAAAGAAGCGAAAUGAAGCUUCUUUGUGUCAAGUAUAUCUGAUUGCAAAAGUUUCUGGAAUAGACUCGCAAGUUGCAGUGUCUUUAUGCACUUUCAGAAUGAAGCUAGCCCCUGCAUUAUAUGGUGGUAAAGAAGCAGUCUUAGUUACAAGGUCCAGGGAAUGAGAUUGAGCACCUUCGCAUUGCUGUCCAAAUUCUUUCUGCGUCAUUUUUUUGGAUAUCAAUUCCUUGUAAAUUAAAUUAUAGGGCAGUUUAGGGAUUGCUGGAAGUUCUGCCAUAGUUUUGUAUCUAACCUUCAAGUUAGAAUUCAAUACAAUUAUCUCCCGGUUCAUCUGACA